AUGGAAUACACAGAAAUUCUUGUGGCACCUAUCCGGCCCUAUGUGCAGAUCAUCACCGAGAACCUGCCCAACCCCGUGAGCCACCUGGCCAUGGAUCUGCUGGGCCAACAGUGCUACGACCAACUGCUGCUGGAGGUGGACUUCACCAAGCCCGAGUGUGUCAAGCUGGCCAUCUCCAAGGGUCUGGGAAUCGGCAUUGUGGCCAUGAGCUCCAUUGUGAAGCUGCCGCAGAUCUUUUCGCUGUUGGCCUCUCAGUCUGCUGACGGUCUGUCUUUCGCCUCCUUCUAUCUGGAGAUUGUUGCCCAGCUCAUUUCGCUGGCCUACAACUUCCGUAACGGCUUCCCCUUCUCGACUUUUGGCGAGACCGCGCUCAUUGUUAUCCAGAACAUUGUCAUUGCGGCGCUGAUCCUGACCUACAGAAACAAAAAGGCCCAGGCUGCCCUACUGUUUGUCAACAUUGCCUUCUUCGUCAACGCGCUCUUCAACCCCACCGCCAGCCUGGUCAACAACGACAUGCUCAACAUGCUGCAGACUGCCACCAUCCCCAUCGGCCUGGCCUCCAAGCUGCCCCAGAUCUACACCAACUUUGCCAACAAGAGCACCGGCAAGCUCUCCACCUUUUCGGUCGUCAACUACCUGGCUGGCUCGCUGGCCCGAGUCUUCACCACCAUGCAGGAGGUCAACGAUCCCAAGAUUCUCGCCUCCUUUGCCGCUGGAGCCGUGCUCAAUUUGAUCCUCAUGCUCCAGGUCAUCUUCUACUGGAACAACAAGCCCCGCCGGGUGUCCCAGCUUAAGAAGCGAGCCUAG